AUGAACAACGACCAAUUUCGAAGGCUCGUGGGCGCCAGCUCCUCCCAGUCCGGCAGUCCCAGCAAUGGCUCGUCCGCGAGCACGGCAAGCCCCGCCGGCGCAACACCAAGCGCCCUCGGAUCGCGGCAGCGCUCCAGCAUCCCCAUGACGCCGUACGUCACCCGUUCCCCGGCGCUGCUUCUUACCGUUGUUUUACCUCCAAUGCUAACCAUGUCUCUGUGCAGACGCUCCGUAGGCGGCGGCUACAGCAGUCGCAACGAGUUCGCCCGCCAGCUCGCCGCGCGCAACAAUCCCGACCAGGCGCAGAAGAAGUUCCGAACGUCGGCGCCCAAGGGCUCCCGCCUGGCCGAGGGCUACGUCGACCGGUCGAAGGAGAGAGAGGCUGAGGAAGAGGACGAGCGCGCGGCGCGGAUCAAGGCGCUCGAGGAGCUGCUCAAAAAGGAGGAGAUUGACCAGGAGACGUUCGAGAAGCAACGGGAUCAGAUUGCCGGCGGCGACCUGUCGAGCACGCACCUGGUGAAGGGGCUGGACCGCAAGCUGCUGGCGAGGAUCCGGCAGGGCGAGGAUGUCUACGGCGACGACCGGGAGGCUCCGCCGGCGGAGGAGGAUGCGCUGCCCACGGAGGACACGGAGGAUGAGUUCGAUCGCAUCGAGGUCAAGGAGGUGCAGGCCGUUCCCAACGCGGACAAGGCGGAGAAGAAGAAGGGCCAGGUGGCGCUCAUUCCCGGCAAGAAGCGCACGCGCGAUCAGAUUGUGGCCGAGAUGAAGGCGGCGCGACUUGCGGCGGCGCAGGCGGCCAAGGAGGCGAGCCUCGGCGACAGGUUCAAGAAGAUUGGCGCCAGGCAAAAGGCCGGCACGCGGAUCGAGAGGGACAACAAGGGCCGCGAGGUCAUGAUCAUUGUCGACGAGGACGGCCACGAGAAGCGGAAGGUGCGCAAGGUGCAGCGCGAUUUCGAGGAAGACGAACGGCAACGCGAGCUCAUGAGGCCCGACAAGGACGCCAAGCCUCUGGGGAUGGAGGUACCAGAGAUAUACCAGAAGCAAGCAGAACCGGCGGAAGAGGAGGACGACGAUAUUUUUGCCGACGCUGGGGAUGAUUACGACCCGUUGGCGGGGAUGGAUUCUGACUCGGAUGAGGAUGAGGAUCACGAACACAAAGACAAGACGGCAAGCGAGGAAGAGGCGCAAGCAGCGGAUGAAAAAGCAGCCGCCAAACAGGCCAUGCCACCACCACCGAGACCGAAACAGGCUGAGGCGAAAGACUACUUCAAAGGCUCCAAGACGGAGCUGCUCUCAGCGCAGACGCGCAAGGCACCGUCCAUGUCGGACCCGGACAUCCAAGCGGCCUUCAAAAGAGCGGCGCAACUGGGCGCUGCCGCCAAGGACCGAAAGGGAGACGACGAAGACGACGACAUGGCAGACGAGGAGGCACGUCGGCGGGCCGAGAAACACAAGAAGAUGCUCGAGUCGUCGAACCGCGACGAUGCUGACAUUGACAUGGGCUUCGGCACCAGCAGGUUCGAGGAUGAAGAGGACUUUGACGACACCAAGGUCAAGCUCUCCGAAUGGGGCCAUGAUGACGAUGAAGGUGAGGACAAGGGCGGCAAAGGAAAGCGCAAGAGGGGCCCGAAGAAGCGAAAGGGCGACGCCAAUAAUGCAGCAGACGUGCUGCGGGUGAUGGAGCAACGCAAGGCGGCGGGGGCUUGA